AACAAAAGGAAAACAGGAAAGAUCCAAUAUGUGGGUAUAAAUACAGCGAGGCAAAGGAUCUAAGAGAAGUCCUCUUUGAGUAGGGCUUGUGGUCUUUGACACUCACUUAUACUCUCAACAAUAAAAAGGGCAGAGGCUUAAAGAGUAAAAAGGAGCAGUCUUUAGGCUCUUAAACCUCUGCCCCUUUUUCACCGAGUUCCUAUCUUUCUUUUUUUAUUUCUCUCUAUCUCUCUUCUUGCAUCCACAUCCAUUCUUAAAAAAGAGUAAUCUUUUUUAAUUGGGUGUGUAUGAUGGGCGAGAGAAUCACUCCUGGGAGUUUCUUCCAGUACCCGCCAUCUGGGGCCCACCAAGCUUCUCCUCAUAGGCCCAGCUCUCUUUCUUCAGAUCGCGAAAGGUACUUGGCUGAAUUAUUGGCAGAGAGGCAGAAGUUGGUGCCAUUUAUCCAAGUUCUACCACUUUGUAGCAGGCUUCUUAAUCAAGAAAUUAGAAGAGUGUCAGGUUUUACUCAGGGUUUUGUAGAUCAUGAAAGAUAUGAGCAUGAGAGUCCUUAUAGGUCAUUAGGUCAGCAGACAAAUGGAAGACCAAUGGAUUUGGAAGCAUGGCCUCGGAUGCCAACAGAGGAAAAUGGACAUCUUCAAAGAAUGGCCUCAUUUCAGGCAGCUUCCAUGGGGUGGCCUGGGGUCCCGGGGAUCCCGACUACGCCUGUCAUAAAGAAAGUAAUUAGGCUUGAUGUUCCUGUUGAUGAUUAUCCCAGUUAUAAUUUUGUUGGCCGAAUACUGGGACCGCGUGGAAACUCCUUGAAAAGAGUUGAAGCCAUGACAGAAUGCAGGGUGUAUAUAAGAGGCAAGGGGUCUGUAAAGGAUUCUGUAAAGGUGUUGCCACAAAUAGGUCUUCCUCAACAUUAUUUAAUGGAAGAGAAACUAAAAGAUAAACCUGGCUAUGAGCACCUCAAUGAGCCACUGCAUGUGCUAGUGGAGGCUGAAUUUCCAGAGGAUAUUGUUGAUGCCCGCGUGGAACAUGCUGUAACAAUACUACAAAGCCUCUUGAAGCCUGUGGAUGAAUCUUUGGAUCACUACAAAAAGCAGCAACUAAGGGAAUUGGCAAUGCUAAAUGGUACACUAAGAGAGGAAAGCCCUAGCAUGAGCCCAAGCAUGAGCCCUAGCAUGUCACCCUUCAACACGGCAGGAAUGAAGCGAGCCAAGACAGUAAGAUAGCCAUAUGUAACAUUGACAAAUGAUUUGUUACUUGCUGGAUGACUGCAACUGAUUGAUAGAAGUCGACGAAAUAGCUUCUCAAUGGAUUAUAAUUCUCACUUCCUUGGAAGGACCACGACCACCCUUGGAGUUGACUGUUCAGGAAUGGCUAAUGGAACUUCUCGACUUGGGGCCUUAAUUGCUUGGAAUCUCUGGUGUGUUAUAUGCUUCAAUAGAUUUGUUGAAUAUGGUUUUGCUUUACCUAUAUAUUUAUUCUUUUCAUGUAUUAUUCCUGCGAACAUAAAAUUAGUUAUUUCAUUGGUAAAAUCAGCUUAUGUUAUGUAAUUUAGUGAUCUUUUCCAGCUCCUGUAACAUUAAAUAUAUCAGAAGAUUCUUUGCAUCUGAUAAUUAUGUCGUGCAAUAAGCAUAGUGUUAUAAAUGCAAACCUCGACUCAAAAGAGUACUCUAAAAUAUAUGUUACUGUAAUAUCCUUGAGCUUUUUUUA